GAGCAGGGAGGGUGACAGUGCUGCAUAUUAACCGUUUCCAAAAGAAGAGCACGUUAUUGUUAUCAUUAAUAUUAUUUUUAUUACCAUUUAAAUUAUGGAGGUUUUAAAAAAGGUAAUAUUGGUCGCGUGGAUUUUAUUGUUGGAACGAAGAUGCUGCACAACAGAAGAAGUUGUUUUGUUGGAUUCUAAAGAGUCACAAGCAGAGCUGGGCUGGACUUCACAUCCGUCGAAUGGAUGGGAAGAGAUUAGCGGCGUUGAUGAAAAUUACAAGCCAAUUCGAACCUACCAGGUCUGUAAUGUCAUGGAGUCAAACCAGAACAACUGGCUUCAAACUGGAUGGAUUGCGCGCCAGAAGGCCCAGAGAAUUUUUAUUGAGCUCAAAUUCACUCUGAGGGAUUGUAACAGCAUUCCAGGAGUCAUGGGUACAUGCAAAGAGACCUUUAAUCUGCACUACAUCGAAUCAGACACCGAUCUGGGACGUGAAAUCAAGGAAGUGAAGUAUAUCAAAAUCGAUACAAUAGCUGCUGAUGAGAGUUUUACUCAAGGAGAUCUGGGAGAGCGGAAGAUGAAACUGAAUACAGAGGUGAGAGAAAUAGGACACCUCAACAGAAAAGGAUUUCACCUUGGGUUCCAAGAUGUAGGGGCAUGUGUAGCCCUCGUUUCUGUGCGGGUGUAUUAUAAAAAGUGUCUGUCGACAGUGCAGAACCUGGCAGUGUUUCCUGACACCAUUGCAGAGGCUGCUUUUUCAACCUUGGUAGAAGUCAGGGGGACCUGUGUAAACAAUUCGGAAGUAGAUAUGGAUAAUCGUCCUCGAAUGCACUGCAGCGCUGAAGGAGAAUGGCUUGUACCCAUUGGAAAGUGUUCCUGCAGUGCAGGAUAUGAGGAAGGGCACAGCAGCUGUGAAGCAUGUUCUCCAGGCUUCUAUAAAAUGUCACCACGGCAACAGGAAUGUUUAGCUUGUCCUGAGCGCAGCACCACAGAAGAGGAAGGGUCAACCAUGUGUGUCUGUGAAGAAGGUUACUUCAGAACUCCUUUGGAAUCACCAUCUUCAGCUUGCACCAUGCCUUCACCAGUCGUCGAUUUUCACGCCAGCAAAAUUGAACAGAAGAGCAUUAUCCUGUCAUGGCAAGAACCCCACUAUGCAAGCAGCAAUAAAUCAGAGUAUGAAAUUAAAUACUAUGAAAAGAACCAAGUGGAUCAAACUUACUCAACAGUUAAAACAGCCUCAACAACAGUGACUAUCGGUAAUCUGAAACCAAGCACAGUCUACAUAUUUCAGAUCAGGGCUAUUUCUUCCAAAGACCAUGGGAUGUACGGCCUUCCUUUAGAAGUAGAAACACUUGGAGAAUUGGCACUGGCUUCCAGUGAACAGAAUCCUGUUAUUGUCAUUGUUGUGGUCUCUGUGGCUGCCUUCAUCAUGCUGGUCUCUAUGGGAGUCGGAUUAAUGAUAUGGAGAAGACACUGUGGAUACAGUAAAGCAAGUCAAGAUGGUGAGGAAGAAUUAUAUUUCCAAUUUAAGAUACCCACCAGACGCACUUACAUUGAUCCUGAGACCUGUGAGGACCUGAUCCAGGCUGUCAGCCUUUUUGCUAAAGAAUUGGACAAUUCCAGUAUUAAAAUUGAAAGGAUUAUCAGCACAGGUGAAUUUGGAGAAGUCUGUAGAGGAUGCUUGAAGCUGCCAAGUAAGAGAGAACUUCCUGUCGCAAUUAAAACACUCAGAGCGGGUUGCUCUGACAAACAAAAGCGCAUCUUCUUGACUGAAGCAAGCAUAAUGGGCCAGUUUGAUCAUCCAAAUAUUGUUCGUCUUGAAGGUGUUAUUACAAGAGGAAAUACAAUGAUGACUGUGAUCGAAUUCAUGUCAAAUGGUGUUUUGGAUUCCUUCCUGAGGAAGCAUGAAGGCCAGUUCACAGCAAUACAACUUCUUGGCAUGCUGUGUGGAAUAGCUUCUGGCAUGAAGUACCUCACCGAAAUGGGAUAUAUUCACAAAAGCCUUGCUGCACACAAAAUAUUAGUCAAUAGUAACCUGGCAUGCAAAGUAUCCGGAUUCAGGCCAUCACAAGAGGAGAAAAUUGAAGCUGUCUACACCACUAUGCAGAGAGGAAAGAGCACCGUGCUUUGGACAGCCCCCGAGGCCAUUCAGUACCACAGAUUCACAUCUGCCUCUGAUGUUUGGAGUUUCGGCAUCGUUAUGUGGGAAGUCAUGUCAUAUGGAGAAAGGCCCUACUGGGAUAUGUCAAAUCAAGAUGUAUUUAAAGCUAUUGAAGAUGGGUUUCGGCUACCAGCUCCUAUGAACUGUCCGCUGCCACUUCACCAAUUAAUGCUGGAUUGCUGGCAGAAGGAUCGAGAUGAAAGACCUAAAUUUGCACAGAUCCACAGUAUUUUGAAUAAAAUGGUGCGGAAUCCAGAAAGCAUAAAGACAUCUACUAUUACCCGAACCAGACCACAAAGUACAUCCAUUCCACUUAUUGAGAGGACCUUCACGUCGUUCCCUUCAUUCAACUCGGUGGGAGAAUGGCUGGAAGCAAUCGAGAUGGGCAGAUACAAAGACAAUUUCACGGCAGCCGGAUACUGCUACCUGGAGUCUGUGGCACGAAUGACAGUCCAGGACGUGAUGAGCUUAGGUAUUACCUCACUUGACCAUCAAAAACAGAUCUUAACAGCAAUCACAACGUUGAGAGCCCAGGUCAUUCAGAUGCAUGGACGUGGUGUGCAAGUGUAGCACCAUGAUUAUGGCUUCAAAGAAAAUCGAGCUACCACAUGAAAGAAUCAUUAUGUUUACAUAAGGAAACUGGAACCGUAUAACUGGAGAUUGGGCUUAAAUUGACUUAUCAAAAAUAAUCAUGGUAAUUAAUAUUGUGAAUUGGCCACUUGGUUAACACACGCUGUUUGAGUGCUGAACACCAGCACGGUUGCUUUUGAGCCGCUGUCAGUUGCAGCUGUUGGGCCCUUUUGUAAACGGACCGAAUACAAAUCAGAGAUGACAUCAUAUUCCUUCUGUCCUAUCAUGUCCCGAUAUGGUUAACCGAAUGCCAUAUGGCCUACAUGUCAGUAUUUCUUUUUCCUAUAUGUUGAGUUUCAAGAGGAUGGUUUUUCAAUAGAGCUUGGAUUGAUUUGCAAAGCAAGAAGGUUUACACAAAAUUGAACCGAUUGUAAUCAUAUUUUUUAAUGUAUAAUCGACACUUUGGCAAGAUGCAGGCAAAAAGCAUCAAUUAAGUCAGUGGGGUAAAAUAAUUUAAUUCAUGCCUUUUUAAUAUCAUUUUAUUGUUAACUGAAGGUAGUGUUUUAUUUACAUUUUUGAAGUUUUUGCUUUUUUAUAAGAUGUACAUGCCUUUAUCCUGUCUAGUACUUGCUGAGGUAUUUAAUUUCUAAAUUUGCAUCAGAACAAAUUAUACCUGUCAUAAAAUGAGAAUUAUCAAUUAAGCAUAGAAUAAUCACAAAUUCUAUUAUACAUCUCUUGAAUCCAUCUCUUUCUGCAGGUGGCCAACUUAUAUUUUCAUUGACAAUCACAAUAUUUUCUUCAACUACUGUAUAAAAUUCCCUUCUUCAUUUAUGUACUGUUACUUACUAUUGUCAUGGUUAUGGUACCAGGAAUGAUCUGGGCAUCACAGCCCACAGAAAUGACAACAGCACCUCAGCACACUGCGAAAAGAUACACACUCGACAUGUACUUUACUGAUGUGAUGUACUCUACAGAGACAACAGACCUCUGAACCCAUGUUGUUGUGUUUAUACAGUAUGUCCUAUACUAAUGUCAUAAUCAGGUGUAGCAACAAACAACAAAUGCAUACACUCUGAUGUCAUACACAGUGUACUUGUGGACUCAAAUGUCACUGGGUUUAGCUGCACACGGAUAUUUGUAAAAUAUUAUCUAUUUAAGAAACUGAGGGUCUUGAAUGGCAGCUUUCGAGGGCGCAAGGCACACCUACAGGACCAAACAGGAAUUCCUGCUAAUGCUGUGCUUCUUAUUCUCCUUCUUCUUGUUUCUUCUUGCAGUUUGGUUUGUUCUGACUACAUCAGCAUUUGGUCUGUCAUCAGCUGUUAUUUUAACAAAGAUUACUGCCACCACUAUCUAUCUAUCUAUCUAUCUAUCUAUCU